CCCAUCUCUUGAGCUAAAACAGGAAAAUAUUAAUAAACUGCACAUUAUUCAAUCUGUUUCCCCGAGUUACAUGAUUCUCAAAGAUGAAAUGCAACGUUCUCAAAAGGAACUAACAGCAUAAAAACAGCGUAGAGGAGCUGGUCAUCGGUAAAAGAUGUGUGAGAGCUAUGCCCGCUCGCUGCUGCGGGUGGCCGUAGCUCAGAUGUGCCAGGCGUUGGGUUGGGACGCUGUGCAGCUCACCGCUGUCGAUCUGCUCUCAGAUGUCCUGGAACGGUAUCUUCAGCAACUCGCCAGAGGCUGCCAUCGUUACUCGGAGCUCUAUGGUCGCACUGACCCUGGGUUGAGUGAUGUUGACCAGGCCUUUGGCUUGUUAGGGGUCAGUCUGUCUGAGCUGGAGGACUAUGUGAAUAAUCUGGAGCCUGUGGGGUUCCCCCAUAACACUCCCAUCUUCCCCAUCAGCAAGAGCAGCGUGCUGCAGUUCCCUGCCUCUGAGGCCGAAGCGGACGCACGCAGCCUACUCAGAGGGGAAGGCAGAGACUACAUCCCAGACUACUUCCCUCCUCUCGUCUCACUGCAGGAAGAUGAGGAGGAGGAGGAGCAGGUUCCUGCUGACAGGGGCACAUCAGCAGAAGCUAUGCAGGUCUCUCUGGGAGAGGAUGAGGAUGCCGUGGGUGAGGAAGACGAGGAGAACGACGAAAACUGGUUGGGCAGGAGAGGACCAGAGAGCCCACGGCCCGAGGGUCUUCUGCCUGCCGCCAAGAGGCCUCGUCUGGGCACCAAACCUGGCACCAGCCCCGAGUGGAGCUUUGAACCACGGGAACCCCUGAGUUCCCUCAACCCUCAGCGUCUGCCCCCAUCACCACCACCCCCCCUCUCUCCCGAACCUCUCCGAACUGGGGUGGCACCACCCACUCCCGGACACAGGCCCAAUCUCCCUUCGCCGUCUACUGGCCGACAGAAGAACAAAUCCCCCAAAAGAGGCGGAAAGUCUGCCCCCUUGAGUGUAACCUCCCGCCCUCUGACCAUGACUCCGCCCAAGAGUAGCCAGAAAGCGGGGAAGAGAUCACCUGGGCGACCCAGGAGCCCCCGCGCCCCGCGACCUGGACCCACCCCACCAGGCAAAGGCGGGCGGGGCUGGUCAGAGACGCCUCCGGAGGGUGGGGCUCACAGCUCCCAGGCCAGGGAUCACGACCCCGGGGACGAAGCGAUUGAAGAUUCCAUCGCCGCGGUAAUUGCCCGAGCUCGUGAGGAUGAACCUUCGGACCCUUUUGCCUACGACUCAGACUCAGACAGCGAGGGCCUUCCCAGCCCGUCCAAACCCAUCAUACCCAAACACACCCAUGCCCUCAACGUGCCCAAACACACACACACGCUCAGCCACGGCAAACACACGCACCCUAUCGGAGGAAAACACCAGUCCACCCCGCUAACCCCGCACCAGGCCCCUCUGGCCCGAUGGACUAUGGACGACUCCAUUGAUGAGGUCAUCCGCAAAGCAAGCCAGGGUCCACCCGCCCCUUGUGCGUCUCCUCCCGAACCUCCGUACUUCUCCUCACCCUCUGCGUCUCCCCCCACACCGCAACCUCCCCUCAAACCCCCGCAGGACAGGAAAGAGCCCCCGGCCGCUGCCGCCGCCGCCGCCCUGAAGAAGAAACUCAAAAAAGACAUGAAGACCAAACUGAAGAAGAAAGAAAAAGAACGGCAGAAAGAGAAAGGCAAAGAUAAGGGUAAAGACAAAGGAAAGAACAAGGAGAAGAAUAAGGAGAAAAAGAGAGAGAAGGAACGAGGGCAGAUGGAGGAGAACAAGAUGGCUUGGCCAGAGUUAUCACUGACGGUGGAGGACAGGAGAGACGGCAUGGGAGGGAAGAAGGAAAAGGACAAGCACAAGGACAAGAAGAAAGAUAAAGAAAAGAGUAGGAAAGACAAAGAGAAACGGGACAAGGGCAAAGAGAAAGGAAAGGAAGAGAGAAAGCUCUCUCUCGGGGUGAAGGAGGUGCCUGUGCCUCCUCUCUUCAGCCCUUCCUCUUGUCUCCGUGUGCCCUCAAUGCUUCCCCCCUUGGGGCCCAUCCUCCCCGAAAAACUGUUCCACCCAAAGGAUGUCAAGCCCAAAGAGAAAGACAAGAAAAAGGACAAGAAAGAGAAGAAAAAGAAGAAAGAGAAAGAGAAGGAGCGAGAGAAGGAGCGUGAGAAAGAGAGGGAGAGGGAGAGGGAGCGGGCCAGGGAGAAAGAGAGGGAGAAAGAGGAGAAGAAGAAAGAGAAAGAAAGAGAAAAGAGGGAAAAAGCAAAAGAAAAAGAGAGGGAGAAACCCAAGCUAGAGAAAGUGAGUUUGCUUGUGGAGCCUCCUGUGGUCCCUCCCUCCCCUGUCAUACCUAGACUGACCCUUCGGGUUAGAGCUGGACAGGACAAAAUUGUCAUCAGUAAGGUGGUACCAGAUUCGGAGGUAACCCCUCCUCCUCCACGAACCCCUGUCCCUGCUCGUUCUGGUCCGGGCGCUCGAAUGCGCUCUCCCCCUGCCCACCCAAGCCCUGUGGCUCCUCCUGUGCCUCCCCCACCAAGACCACCUCCGGUAGCAGCCCCUCCACCUCCUCCUCCUGUGGUCACCCAGGCUCCCCCAAGCCAGGCCAAAGCUCUCAGCUGCAGCGUGGUGACUGAGACAGUCAGUGCAUAUGUGAUCACAGAUGAGUGGGGUAAUCAGAUCUGGAUCUGUCCUGGCUGUAAUAAACCUGACGAUGGCAGUCCUAUGAUUGGGUGUGAUGAGUGUGAUGACUGGUACCACUGGCCGUGCGUGGGUAUUUUGGCAGCACCACCAGAGGACCAGUCUUGGUUCUGCGUGAAGUGUGCCGGCAAAAAGAAAGACAAGAAAACGAAGAAGAGGAAACGCAAAGCGCACUGACUGUGAGCUCAUCUCCCCUAUCUUUGUACCAAGAUUUGAAACAUUAACAUCUUAAUCUAGUCUCCAACCUUUUGCCUUUUAAUUUUAUGUGUUUGUUUUUUUUUUUGUUUGUUUGUUUUUUUCUUUUUUUCAUGCAUCAGGUAUUCCUUUUUAGCAUGAACGAGUCUCGCCAAUUAUUGUGUAUUUUUUAACAGAAAUUUGGAGG